UGAGCAUUGGAAGAUGAAGCAGAAAGCCUUCUUCUUGGUGGUAUAUGUUGGGUUUCUUCAACUCAUGUCCUCCCUCGUUAGCAGUGCAUUUGAUCGCUCCGAAUUCCCUCCCUCAUUUCUUUUUGGAACUGCAACAUCUUUUUAUCAGAUGUAGUGGAUAAGGAGGCUAUAGCUAUGGCAGUAUUAAUGGGAUUCCAUCCAGGAAGUCUCCUUUUGAUCAAUCAAAUUAAAUCAGAUAGAGGGUGCUUACUUUUGGCAGUCGUCAUGAAGUUUAAAUCAGGAUAUAGUUUCUCUGUGGAGGUGGCCACUCAAGUUGUGCCUAAGAAGUUGGGCAUUACUGUUGUUCAGAACGACCAGGGUGACAAGGUCCCUACUCACACAACCACAGGUUGGCGGAAAAAAUCGUGGAUGGAGGCACUGGAGAUGUUGCAGAUGAUCACUACCAUUGGUACAUGGAAUACAACCAUUUGUCACACUGAACCAUUAUGAUAUUCCUCAAGAACUUGAAGACCGAUAUGGGUCAUGGUUGAGUCCACAAAUACAGGUGUUGGAGGAGGAGGACGUGGCAGGAUUGGAGAUUGCCCCGAGUGGGGAUGAAAUAAAACAAGCGGUUUGGGAUUUAGAUCCUGUAAGCUCUCCAGGUCCUGAUGGGUUCCCAGGCAGCUUCUUCAGGCGAUGUUGGGCCAUUGUUGAGGGUGAUUUUUGUAGGGCAGUGAAAAAUUUCUUUGAGAAAGGGUGGCUUCCUAAAGGAAUAAACAAUUGUUUUAUUUCCUUGAUCCCCAAAGUUGAGGGUGCGGCCUCUCUAGAUAGGUUUUGACCUAUAUGUAUGGGAAACUUUUAUUGCAAAGUGAUAUCAAAAAUAUUAUCUUCAAGAUUACUUGUUGUUUUGCCUAAAUUGGUCUCGGAAGAGCAAGGCGCUUUCCAGCAGGGUAAAAUAAUUUCGGCAAAUAUCAGCCUCGCAUCAGAACUGUCAAAUUUGAUGCACUCUUCGGUUAGGGGUGGUGGAAUGGGGCUAAAGCUCGAUGUUCAAAAGGCAUAUGACUCUCUAGCUUGGGAAUUCCUCUUUGCAGUUCUGUGCAAAUUUGGGUUCUCCUCUAGGUGGAUUUGUUGGAUUCACAACCUUCUACUAUCUUCCCGAAUAUCUAUCUUGGUGAAUGGUGGCCUGGUGGGGUUCUUUGGGGAUGGUAGAGGUCUCCAGCAAGGAGAUCUUUUGUCUCCCUUCUUAUUUAUUCUGGCAGAAGAGGUUCUCUGUAAAGGUCUUAGAAGCCUAGCAAAGGAUGGUUUGAUAAAAUCUCUUCCUGGGGCUCGAGGUGUGUUAACUCCCUCCCAUUUAUCUCCCUCCCAUUGAUAAAAUCUCUUCAUAAAUGCAUCUGCUCAGUUCG